GGUCCGCCUGGUUCACUGUGAAGACGAUCCCGAACGAGUGCCAGCAGCUAGACGAGGUCAUCCCGAAGGCCGGCGACGUCGUCUGGGGUGAGAGCGGGCUCUACCGCACAGCGGGCGGCUUUGUCGCGCCGAUCGAGCUCCACCCCGUCCCGUUGCUGGGCGACGUGCUGGACAAGCUGGGCGACGACGACGCUCGCAUUCUCGGCCCGUUCCAGCGAACGCGGGAGGGCCGCAGGCACCGCGACUUCCGCGAUGCCGUCGCGGAGCAGCACGACGACUUCCCGUUCGUAGGCGAACGCAGUUUGAAGUGGCUGUGCGAGUACAUUGUCGACCACGGUGGCACGCCCGACGGCCGCCGCACCAAGUGGAUGAUGGGCUUCUCGAUCGAGCUCGGGGUCACCUACGAUCAGGCGGACGGCUCGAACCUUGCCUGCGUGGGGGUGGCGUCGAGGGCCUACCAGCUGAUCGAGGAGACCAUGGGGGGCAUGGAGAUUGAGGGCGUCGAGCACUACACCGGCCGCCAGAACCAGAGCGCCCGCCGCGGCGUCGCCAUGGCGCCAGGCAUCGCCAAGUACGCCACCGACCAGCUGGCCAAGGAGACGGAGAUCCAGAAGCAGCGUCGCAAGGCGCACGAGGAGAAGACCGCCCAGUCGGGCAAGAAGAAUCAGGGGUGA